GUUACUUUCAGUUCAUCAGCUGAUGAUUUUUUUUUUGUUGUUGAUUUGAGGUUAAGUUUUUGAAAACGAGUAAUUUUUAAAAAAACAUGGCACAAAGUAGAUUAGAAAAAAUAGGAACUAUUUUCUCCAGACUAACGAAUCUCAUGAAAGGAGGUGUUUUAAAACAGGAUGAACUUCCAAUGUGGUACUCUAUUUAUAAAGCAUUUCCUCCAAAAUAUGAACCAAGAUACGAUAGACCAGGAUCUCAAGCUCCUUUACGAAAUAUAUACUAUACCGAAGAUCUUAUUAGAAUAAAAUUUUAUCAGGACUUUCCAAACUUGACAAUUCCAGAGUUGACAUCCGAUAAUCCAUCGAAAUGUCAACAAUUCUUACAGGAGUAUCAAAAAUUAGAAAAAGAGGGAAUCCCGGAAUCUGAACUCUAUGUUAAAGCAAGAGAAAGAUUUGUUUCAAUGUAUGAUACUUCGCCUGAUUCUCAAAAAGUGAAACCAACAAAAGAAGAUAAAUCUUUUAUUGAUGUUAGUAAAUUUCUUUAAAAGUCAACUUGAGAGGAUUUCUAGUCUAUUCCAAUUUUUUUGCUGAAAAAACAACUCAAAUUGCCUACAUUGUAAUAUUUAAUUAAUUUGUUACAUUUUAAAAGAUAAGUAGAUUUAAUAAAUGUUUUUAAAAUAAAA